AUGAUGGGACGCCAAAGUGAUGGACCUGGUAAGAAACGAGUGGGAGAACAUCAUGAUGGGGAGUUUAGUGUAUACAUGUCUCAUAAGAUUCAAAAAUUGCGGGCACAAAAUGAUAGCAUUGUCUCAGCAUCAUCAUUGGAUGGCAAAGUAGUGGAUAUUUUUCGAGGUGUAUGUGUAUACGUAGAUGGGUAUACAGUCCCUAGUAAAGAAGAAAUUCGACGGCUUAUGUUGCUGCAUGGUGGUACUUUUGAACAUUACGAGACAAAUCGAGUGACGCACAUUAUAGCCACUCAUCUGCCAGCGUCGAAAUUGCUGCUACUUAAAAAGUCAAGAAAACCAUUACCACUUGUCCAUCCUAAUUGGAUUGUCCAUAGUAUUGAACAAAAACAAUUGUUACCGGUGCAGCAAUUCCAAUCCAAAGGUGUUCUUGACGCAACAGCUUUAACGCCAAAAUAUGACGUGAAUCCAAUAGAAGCAGAUACUGGUGACGAAGAGGAGGAUAGUCACGGUUUUAGUGGUGAAAAUAAUGGAUUGAACGCGUUGAAAGACCCAUUCCUUGUAUCACCAGUACUCGAAGAAUGUGAAAAGACUUCAAGCGCACCUGAUAAAUUGCAAACAAUUUCAACAAGAGAUGGUCCAGAGUUUGUCAAGCACUUUUUUGCCAAGUCGAGAUUGCACCACAUUGGUACAUGGCGAUCAACGUUUCAGCAAAAAGCAGCCGAGUUUCUUGCAAAAUAUAAAGGGGGGCAGGUAACGAGAGCGCUUGCUUCGUCCAACGAUCGGGUGAUGCUUCAUGUGGACAUGGACUGCUUCUUUGUGGCAGUAGCAGUACGAUGUCGCCCACAAUUGGAAAACGUACCUGUUGCUGUCGCUCACUCGGGAAAUGCUGGUUCGUCAGAAAUUUCGUCGUGCAACUACUUGGCACGUGCUAAAGGAGUCGGUGCAGGAAUGUUCAUGCAGACUGCAAAGGAGUUGUGCCCUGACUUGGUGGUGCUGCCCUAUCAGUUCGACGCCAUUCAACGCGUGUCAUUUCAGAUCUACGACAUUUUCUUUUCGCAUACUCCAUUUGUGCAGGCAGUCAGCUGUGACGAAGCAUUUCUUGAGUUUGGAAAAGGGACGGAUGGAAUGGAAAUGGCAAUGACAAUUCGUCAAGAGAUCUUCGAGCAGACUGGAUGCGCUGCAAGUGUGGGUGUGUCUUUCAAUAUCCUUCUUGCAAAGCUGUCCUCACAGAAAGCAAAACCAGAUGGAAUUUAUCAGGUUAGUGAUCCAGAUCAGGCCGCAACAUUCAUGCUAUCACUCAACAUACGGGACUUGCCUGGAGCUGGAGUCAAAACAAGAGCGAAACUUGAAGCACUUGGGGUCGAGGACGUUCGACAGCUAGUCUCGAUGACUAAAGGCGAACUCGUACAAUCCGUUGGUAAAGCUCCAGGCGAAAUGCUGUACAAUUACGCCCGAGGUAGAGAUAUUCGCCCGUUGUCGAUGGAGUCGAAUAUGAUGCGAAAGAGCGUGUCGGCAGUCGUAAACUUUGGCAUUCGGUUUGAGAAUUGGGAAAACGCGACUGUAUUCUUAUCGGCAUUGGGCGAGGAACUGAGUCACCGUCUUCGGAACCUGAAGGUGCGGACACAAUGCGUAACACUGCUGAUAAAGAAACGAGCAGAAGGAGCGCCCGUCGAGCCUUCAAAAUUCAUGGGUCAUGGAGUAUGCGAUAACUUUUCCAAGAGCCAUGUGCUGGCUGAAGCAACAGACGACCAGGUUGUGAUUGGCAAGAUCUGCAUCGAGCUGCUCCGGCGAUUCAAUUUUCCGAGCGAAGAGCUCCGGGGAGUGGGAGUGCAGGCGACAAAGUUGGUUUCACAUACCCAAAGCGUUAACAAACGAAGUGGACAACUGUUUAAGGCUUGGCUCACUGAUAGUGCGCAACCACCAGAUAUCUUGCCUUCGUCCCACUCACCGCGAGUGCCAACCGCAAGUGAACAAGAGGAAAGAGAAAGGAAAACCAAAGACGAGCUCGAAGGGAACGUGAAUAGAAACGAUUUCACGGCUACAACGUUUUCGCAGAUUGAUACAGGAGUUCUGGAAGAGUUACCUGAGCAGCUCAAGCGAGAAAUUUUGGCUUCAUAUGGCCGAGGUGCACCAUCUAGGACUGUCCCGACAAGUCAUCAGCUUCCGCCAAAACGGAAGACUAAUGGAAAGGCACCACUACGACGAAGACACCCCGCACGAAACAUUUUUGAUUCAAAGUCAAACAGCCGGCUUGCGCGCGCUGUCCACGCUUCAUUUGAAGAGUCAAAGAAGGUAGACGCACUGAAUGACGUCCGAAUGUCCCAAGUUGACUCGGAAGUGUACUUUUCGCUACCAUUCGCUAUUCGUAACGAAAUUGAUCGAUACGCGAAGAAACGCAAACCCACUUCAAUGGUUAUUCCAAGACCCAACGUUCCAUCCGACACCAGUCCGAAGCAAGUUGUAAACAAGAAGCUGGCACCCGUAUUGCCAUCUAUAGAAGACUUGUACGCAAAACUUGUCGAGAGUCUUCCAGGUGCUGUUUCCAACAGUGAAAGUGAUGAUGAGCGCCCAGUUGACAACAAUAGAGCACGAUCGGCAGCUUUCGAUGCCAUUUACUCGCGUAUUUUGAUCGAGGUGGAAAAUCGCACACUUGACCAGGCCUUGCGAAUGCUCCGGUUCGUUCGCCGUAAAUGCCUUAGUACAAGCACCUGUGCCGACCUCACCAACGUUUUGAAGCGUGGCUUUAACCACAUCCUCACCCUUGUGAACCAGGAUAUUCGACAACAUUUCAAUGGAGUGCUGUCGUUGAGAUUGGUUGCACCACUUGAGUAG